UAGAUGGCACUGUUGGUGAUAUAAAAAAUUUACAUUAUUUAUGAAAUAAAUUGAACUUUUUAAUGUAAUAAAACAGCCCUUUAAUUAUUUGAUAUAUUGAUAUUUUACAAAAAUGUUUAUAAAUAACUAUUUCUUUGAACAAGAUACAUGUAAUAAAUAAAUGUGUUUAAGUGACAGUGUAUGUCAGUCAUGUUGUUUGUUUUAAAAUUGAUUUUUUGACUAAACUAUGAAGAAUUGAAACUUAUAGCGCAGUGAUUAUUACUUUUAAAAUAUCUUUUUUUAAAUAUGUUUCAUCCUUUACAAAUAAAACAUGAAUGUAUGAGAAUAGAAGAUGUUAACUCUGAUGAUAAAGUUAAUGCUCCAAAUAAUUCCAAAUAUUCAUUUAUUGAAGAAGAUUAUAAAUAUAAUGAAUUAUCACAAUUUUGGAAUCAUACACAGUUAUCUAAUGAGAUACAUUCAAAAAAUCAAAUCCAUGGUCAAUGUAAUUUAUUUCAAACUGAAGAAAAUAAUUCAUUAGCAUAUAUGAAAAAUUAUAUACAAAAUAAUACAAUUUUUCAAGUUAAUCAGGAAGAAAGUUUGAAUCAAAUGAAUCAAAGACAUCAUAUAGAUAUGACUCAAAAAACUGAACAAUCACAAUUUCCUCAAAUCAAUAAUAUACAAUCAACAAAAUUUGUAAAUCAAAUAGUAACAAUUUCUGAGCCUAUAUCUCCUACAAAAUCUAAUCGUCCUGGAAGACCAUCUAAAAAUUCUUCAGAAUUAAAUAUAGGAAAAAAACUUAAAUGUCAAUGUGAAAUAUGUUUUAAAGAAUUUGGACAUAAAAGUAAUUUAUUUAUACAUAUGAGAACUCAUAAUGGAGAACGGCCUUAUAAAUGUAAUCAAUGUGGGAAAUGUUUUACCCAUAGUGGAAAUUUAGCUAUCCAUAUGAGGACACAUUCUGGUGAAAGACCUUAUGGUUGUCAAAUAUGUGGAAAAAUGUUUAGUCAUAGUGGAAACUUAUCAACACAUUUAAGAACUCAUUCAGGUAUAAAACCAUAUAAAUGUGCCGUAUGUGGUAAAGAAUUUAGACAUAGUGGAAAUUUAUCAAUUCAUGAAAGGAUACAUUCUGGAAUUAAACCAUUUCAAUGUAAAGUUUGUGGAAAAGACUUUUAUCAUAGUGGAAAUUUAACAACUCAUAUGAAAAAACAUAUUAUAAAUAUUAACACUAACAUUAAUCAGUAUGAUAAUGAAAAACAAGAAAUGAGUGGUGUAGUAAAUCUUAAUACAACUAGAAGUUCAUUCAAUAAUUUACCACUAACUCAAACUACUGAUAUUAAAAUAAUGUCUAAUAUAAACAAUAUUGUUCCUAUAAAAAAUGAAAGUAAUGAUGAAUAAACUAAUAGUAAACUAUUCUAACACAAUUAAAAUUUUGCCAUUAACAAAAACUUUAAUAUACUGAGUAAAUAUAUUAAUGAUAGUUCAAUUUAUAAAUUUAUUUUGUAACUAUAAUUACUGUAAAAAUGUAUUAUCAGAGUUUAAAUUUUGUAAUAAUUAUUAUUAACAUCAUAUCAAUGAUUAUGAGUAUAUAAAUAUAUAUUUUUUUAUAUGUAAGUUUUAUAUUAUAAAAAGUAAGACCUAUUUAGAUAAUAUAUAAUAUGUAAUCAUGUUAUAACUAUAUGAAUAUAAUUAAAAAUAUGUGCAAUUUUAUAUAAUACAUUAAGCAUUUAUAUAAGUUUAUUUACAUAUAUAUAUAUAAUUUUUUAUUUUAUUAUUUAUGUAUAUGUGUAAUGCUUAUUCAAAUAUUAAAUAUUUAAAAAACUCUUAUUAUAUAUAUUCUAUUUUAAAGAAUGUAAUAUGAAAAAAAUAUACUAAAUAUAUACUUUUUUGUACAAAAUUUAUUUUUAUUAUUAUUAUGUAUAAAAAAAUCGAAAGUAUACUGAAAAAUUUUGUAUAAAUAAUUAUAUAGUAAUUCUGUGAUAUUUAAAAUUUUUAAAUUUGAUAUAGAUAUUUUAUAUUCAUUUUCUUGAUAUAUUUUCUACUUUUCAAUAAAUAUAAAGUAUUCAAUAAAUAUUAAAUAAAUUUUUAUAAAAAUUUUGAUUUAUUAAUGUAUUUAUUUAUGUGAUAUAUAGGAAUUAUUAAGUUUAAUUACUAAUUAAAUUAAGUUAUAAUUAAUAUUUUUUAUUUCAAUUAUUACAUUGUUAAUAAAUAAUAUAUACUAUAAAAAAUUGCUUAUUAUUACAUAAAGACCUCAAAAAAUUAAAAAAAAAUGUAAUUUAAGUAACAUUAAAAAUAAUUUCAAAUUUUUUUGUUAUUAAAUACGAUACAUUUUCAUAAUAUAACAUAUAUAUUUAAUAUAUAUAUUUAUUACUAUUACUAAUAUUUUUCGAGUUUAAAUAUAACAAUUAUUUUAUAACUUUAUAUAUAUAUAUAUAUAUAUAUAUAUAUAUAUGUAUAUAUAUUUUACGUACAUAUAUUUGAAAUAUUUCUUUGUAAUACACAAAAAUAAAUUUCUAUAAUGUGUCAAUUUUCCAAUUUUUCUAGAUUAUGAUUAUUUUCAUAAAAAUUUUUACAUAAGUCUUAAAAUUGAAGUAGAGAUCUUCAACAAUUUUUGGUAACAACUGGAAGUUUUUAUAACUUCUUUUUAAUAAAAUAAAAUAAUAUAUAUAAUUCAUAUAUAAUAAGCAUUAAUAUAUAAUAUCAUAUUAUGUAAAAUUAAUUAUUUAAUUAAUAUUAUAAAGUUUUAGAAAUAUUAUGAAGUCAAAAAAUUACAUAUUAUUAUUUAUUCUUGUUAAAAAAUCAUUGGUAUAGACUAGGAAAAAUGUAAACGUGUGACAUAAAUAUUUUUUAAAUUAAAAAUUAUUAGAUAUUUCUAAUAUGAGAUAAGUAUAUCUGAUUUGUGUAUGCGUACAUAUAAAAUUAUGUGCAUAUGUGCAUGUAUAUAUAUUAUUUUGUUUUCAAUUACAAAAUUUACAACAAGUAAUAAUUAAAAAAUUGUUAAUUAUAUUUUUGGAAAUAAUUAUAAAAAUUUAAUUAAAUGCAUAAUUUUAAUCAAAAUAUAAUAUACUAAUUCAAAAUGUUUUUACUUUAAAAAAAAAUAAAUUAAAA